UCCAACUUUAAAACCCCUCUCAACUGGUGGCGAGAGUCACUUUUUGUGAGUACUGGUCCCUCCCUCACUUCCAUAUUUCUCUGCUUCUGAAACAGGCCAUGGGAAGAGCUCCUUGCUGUGACAAAGCCAAUGUCAAGAGAGGCCCUUGGUCUCCCGAAGAAGACGCUACUCUCAGGACUUACGUUCAAACUCAUGGCACCGGUGGUAACUGGAUUGCAUUGCCCCGAAAAGCUGGCCUUCGGAGAUGUGGCAAGAGUUGCCGUCUACGGUGGCUCAAUUACCUAAGGCCAGACAUCAAACACGGAGGUUUUACUGAAGAAGAGGACAACAUCAUUUUUACCCUUUAUGGGCAAAUGGGAAGCAGAUGGUCGGCCAUAGCCUCUCAGCUUCCUGGUAGAACAGACAAUGAUGUGAAAAACUACUGGAACACCAAGUUGAAGAAGAAGCUAAUGGCAGGAAAAGUGAACCUCAAAACAAUGACAGACAGUCGCAGUACUCUUCCUUCGACCCCAUUACUGACUCACAAUGUUCAUACUCAAAGCCAAAAUUCAGAUUUUCCUGCUUCUCAAAACCAGAGUUCAUCUCCCAGCUCAACUCUGCCCAUCCUGACCGAUGCUAAUUCUGGGUUUUACAUUAACACUCACACCAUGAUCAGUUUCGAUCCGAAUCAAUUAUACAAUCCGGGUUUCAUGGAUAUCUCAGAAAUUAAUAACGCAAGCUCAAGUAUGAUGUCCAUGUCUCAGGAAGGUUCAAGCAUUUCAGAUUCAUCUUUGAUUGCAACGGAUAACAAGUGUUUGUUGCUGCCAGAUCAUGCCGGCGACGAGGCUACCCAAGUAUUAAUGAAUUUUGGGUAUGGAUUUCCCUCUGACAUUGUCAAUAAUGGAUUUUACUCCCAAGAGGAAAUUGGUGAAUUCGCUUCAAUUUUCUAUCCUCAUGAAUUGGUUGAUUUUAGCAAUGCUGACAUGAAGCCACAGGGACGGAAUUGAAGUGUUGAUUAGUAUUGACGAUAGUUUUAAAGAUCAAAUGCGAAACAACAGAAUUAAGGAGAGAGGGCCAGCUGACAUCUCCACAGUUAGUUCCUGUGUGUGAUUUAGUUUAGUAGUUCUCGUGUGUUCAUAGACAGCAACGUGUAAUGUUGGUAGGUCAAAGUUUGAUUGGAACAUGUAAGGAAGAUUAAAGAUUACUAGUAACAUGUAUUGUAUCCUCUCUCUAAUCUCUCUGUGUUAAGGUUCAUGCAUGUUGGACAAUGUCAAUGUGGGGACCGCAAGACGAGGUUAAUUUCUUUUGUUUUUGUUUUUGUUUUUUUUUGAAGGAGAUAGAAAUUGAAGUAAUUAGUGGGAUGACAUAAGCAUGUUGGCCAGUUCCUUGUUGGUCAGUGGUCACGAAUGUUGCAUGGACCUGAGGCCAAUUCAAAUCUCAUAAUUCAAUAAUAUUAUGU